AUGAGAUCGAAUUCGUCGUCGCGUCUCUGGGUUGGACCCUUGAUGCUUGUCAUCAUCAUUGCUCUUAUCUAUCUACUUUCAUUAAUGCCCACGACGCCUCCGCAUUUGGCUAACAAUGGAAUGAUGGUGAAUGAUGCACAUACAGAGUACGCAAUGAAGGGACAAGCACAAGUAGAUUGGCAGGAAAUUUAUAAGAAUCCUUCUUCUGAUGAAAUCAUCACCGGAUUCGAUCCAUGCAGACAUGGAGGAAUGACGAACGAAACCGAUGGAUCAUGUCUAUGUACUCGUUGGUAUACCGGAGAUAAAUGUGAAACGCCUGUCUGUAUGAACGAUGGAUAUUUCAAUUUCACUCUCGGAAGAUGUGUCUGCACUUCGAAUUGGGUCGGAGAGCACUGUAUCUUCCGAUGCAAUUCUGGAGUUGUAAACAAGACUUCUGGUCUCUGUGAAUGUCUUUUCGGACGCCCUUGUACAAUUCAAAAGUGUAUCAAUGGACACUUUUUCGACGGAAAAUGUGUAUGCUAUGAUGGUUUCACCGGACCUGCAUGCACAAUUUGUGAUGGUUCUGUACCAAGUAUGCAAUGUGAUGAAGUGAUCCGUAAAAGAGGAUCAGUUAAUUCUCGAUUGACGCUUUCUGGUCUUUCCUUUUGUAUCAUAACUAUUGGAUUACUGUGCGUCGGAGCUCAUCGUCGUAGAUCUGCUAUGAAUCCGGUGGCAGAAGAGACUUGGUACAGAGUAUUCCAUCCAAACAACAACAGACCAUUCAGAUGCAGACAUGACUAUAUGUGUGGAGGAUCAUGGGUUCCUAGGGAUCGAGCGUUGAUUGUAGCACCUGGAAGAGUUUCCAUGUCUAGUACUACACCAAGAGUACACCGUCUGGCAACUCCUCCUCCGAGUUAUACAUCAGUUGAUGAUCUAAAUACAACAGAAUCUCAAAAUCCACCAACUUAUGAAGAAGCGACACGAAUUGAAAUCGAGAGUGUGGUCGCAGAAAAAUAG